ACAUCUGCGUUUCUAAUCUGUCGAGCUAUUAAACCCUGCUUCUAUUUUUUUCUUUUAGCUCACAAACAGAUCUGCUACACGACCAACACGAAGUAUAACCAAAUGAAUCUUUAAAAGAUCAAAAGAGGGGAAACAGAAUUUACCUAAGAUACUGUGUGCGCAUCUCCUCUCCCUCUGUGGAUCCUGUUUUUGGACAACUCCUCAGCUCCACAGUGGACAAGAGAACCGUGGGAAUUUCCUCAAACUUGAAGGAAAAAAAAAACUUGUUUGCAGCUGCUGAGGCUCAUCAGGCGUGAAGGACCAGCAAAUCCUUUUCAUUGAGAAAAUGACCAGUUCACUGGAGAGGGUUGUGGCCCAGAAGAAGGAGGCCAUUGAGGCAGUGAUGGAUAUGUUUGAGAGGGGGGCCGAGGUGUUGGCCAGCGCUGUUGGGGAGCUCUUCCCCCUCUGUGAGGCUGCCGCUCCGGUUCUACGACUGGCCUUAGACAAUGUCCAGAGCAAAGAGGUCUUCUAUGUCAAAGAGCAGUUUUUGACAGUAAGGAACAAGCUCGAUGUGCUCUCGACCCAACUGGAAGACAUCGACUGUGAGAUCAAGAAGGCGAAACUGGAUUCCCAUUACUUUUCCGUAGAGGAGAACAUAAGGAACCAGUUUCGUAAAUAUGUGGACAUCAUAGAGGCAAAACAGCAGUUCCGGGAGGUGAAGACUCGCCUUUUUUUGGAGCAUUUCACUAAAACUGGAGGAGACAAGAACCUGUUUGUGCUAUAUGAUGCUAUGAUGGGGAAUAACAGCUUUGGAGAGUCAGUUUUAGAGUUGGUAGAAAGGUAUGUGGCAAGGAACCGCCGUCUUCUGGAAGAUUUCUGUGUCCGAAUGAAGGAGCUCUUCUGCUUGGGCCUGAUUGCUCUGCUGGGGCACUGUGCCUUAACCCAGGGCCAAGAGGAAGAACAGGACAAAAUCCAAGAGUGGAGCAGCAAAAUUGAAGAGGUAGAGUCUAAGAUGAAGACAACCAUUGAGUCCUGUAUCGCUGCCUUACCAGAGCAAGCAAAACUAGACGCCCAGCGGCUCCUGCAAGAAAAGGAAGAAGGGAGCCUGCAAGAUACAAGUCAGCAGCUUCUAGAGUUCUUGGUGAAAAAGUAUGAUUGGGUCAGCUGGUCAGUGCGGAUGAUCAACCACUCAGGGAGCACCUACCGGAACUGGCGAGCAGGAGAGCACUUUCAUCAUGUGGCUGGACAGAACUGGUUCGAGGUGCUCCAGGUGAACAACAUCAACCUGGUGGUGUCGUACAGUGCCAAACCCCAGCCAGUGCCGCGCGACUGCAUUCGCCAGGUGAUGGAGGGCCAGGGAAAGAAGGGCAAUGCCCCAGCUGUGGUGGAGUUGCUGGAGAGGCAGCUGUGCGGGUUUGUUGUUCAUGCCGUCAGUCGCCACAAGGAGUCUGCAGCUGCAUGGAGCUUUCCAUCAGACUGUCAUUACUGGGAGAGACACAAGAAUGUGGCAGUGUGUGUGCAUUCGGAGUAAAGUUCACACAUAUUUAAGAUUUUAGGAUUAUUUGGGAACAAGUAUAACUGUAGAAUGCAUUUCUUGUUAAUCUGCAAGACAAAGUUGAGAGUAUCAUACUUUAUCAUAACAUUUUGAAGAUACUGAAUCUCACAAACUAUUUCAGAUCUUUUGUUGAUAGAAUUUAAAGGAUAAAGCUCACAAUUUUGUAUAUUUUUCUUACU